UCAUACGAACGACGGGUCGCGCACUACGAGUAGGGCGCUGGUCGGCUCCGAAACGCAACGCACGACAGAGCGACUGACGAAGGCUGGGACAGACGUGCAGACUUACUCCUCGCCCAUCAAUUGAACAAGCCUAACCGCGGACGAAGAGAAGAGGAAAGGAAAGCUUCGUUUCUUCAGUGAACGCAUAAUAAUACGGCAGCGAUCGACUAGUCCAUAAAUAAAGAUGUCUUCCUCAGCGGUAGCGAAGAGUUCCAAGUACACGUACCGGUCUUCGGGUGGUGCAGGCUCUGCCGAUGUUAGCAUCGAGUACAGCGCCGACCUGAGCGCUCUCUCCAGACUCGAGGACAAAAUUCGCCUGCUCCAAGAUGACCUGGAGUCCGAGAGAGAGUUGCGUCAGAGGAUCGAACGCGAACGCGCCGACCUGAGCGUGCAGGUAAUUCAAUUGUCUGAACGCCUUGAGGAAGCUGAGGGCGGUGCCGAGUCUCAGUUUGAGAUCAACAGAAAGAGGGACACGGAGUUGGCGAAGCUUCGCAAACUUCUUGAGGAUGUUCACCUGGAGAGCGAGGAAACCGCACACAUUCUCCGCAAGAAGCACCAGGAAGUCGUCUCCGAUUUUCAGGAUCAAAUUGAUCAACUCUCCAAGGCUCGUGCCAGAGCUGACAAGGAGAAGGGAAAAUUCCAGCAAGAGGUUUACGAGUUGCUCGCCCAGGUAGACUCCGUGACAAAAGAGAAGAUUCUGUCCAUCAAGACAGUCGAGAAGCUAGAGAUUCACGUUUCGGAAUUGAACGUCAAGAUCGAGGAACUGAAUCGCACUAUCGUCGAUAUUACCAGCCACAAGACCCGCCUCUCCCAAGAAAAUAUCGAGCUCACUAAGGAAGUCCAAGACUUGAAGGUAAACAUCGAGAACGUUGUUUACCUGAAGUCACAGAUUGCCAGCCAACUUGAAGAUGCCCGACGCCGCCUUGAGGAUGAGGAACGCCGUCGUUCUUUGGUUGAAGCCUCUCUUCAUCAGGUCGAAAUCGAGUUGGAAUCUGUUCGCGUGCAACUGGAAGAGGAAUCUGAGGCUCGUCUAGACCUGGAACGUCAGCUCGUCAAGGCCAACGGUGAGGUGUCCAUCUGGAGGUCCAAAUACGAGACCGAGGCGAAUGCUCGCGCUGAAGAGGUUGAGGAAAUUCGCCGCAAGUAUUCAGCUCGCAUUCAGGAACAGGAGGAACAAAUAGAGACCCUUCUGGUUAAGAUCAACAACCUGGAGAAGCAAAAGUCACGUCUUCAGUCUGAAGUAGAGAUUCUCAUUAUCGAUCUUGAGAAGGCGAAUGGAACCGCUCGGGAGCUCCAGAAACGCGUGGAGCAUAUGGAGAAGGUUAACAUCGAGCUUAAGUCACGGUUGGAAGAAACUGUUCAGCUAUACGAGCAAACUCAACGUGACCUGCGCAAUAAGCAACAGGAACUGCAGCGUACGAAUGCUGAGCUCGACAAGACCCGCGAAAUGAAAGACCAACUGGGUCGCGAGAACAAGAAGCUUGCAGACGACUUAACCGAUGCCAAGAACCAGCUGGCAGACAUGAACCGACGCCUACACGAGUUGGAAUUGGAACUUCGUCGCCUGGAGAACGAACGCGAGGAGUUGGCCGCCGCAUACAAGGAAGCCGAAGCAGGCCGCAAGGUUGAGGAACAGCGCUCACAGCGUUUGGCUGCUGAGCUGAGCCAGUUCCGCCACGAGGCUGAGCGUCGCCUCGCGGAGAAGGACGAGGAGUUCGAAGCUUUCCGCAAACAGACCAGCAUUGAGAUCGAACAAUUGAGCGCCCGCGUCGUCGAAGCCGAGACCAAGCUGAAGUCCGAGGUAGCUCGCGUCAAGAAGAAGCUGCAGAUCCAGAUUACCGAAUUGGAACUCUCUCUGGACGUUGCCAACAAGAGCAACAUCGACCUGCAGAAGACCAUCAAGAAGCAAUCCCUGACAUUGACGGAAUUGCAAUCGCACUACGACGAGGUUCAGCGCCAAUUGCAGGUGACUUUGGACCAACUCGGCAUCAGCCAGCGUCGUCUCUUAUCCCUGACUUCGGAGCUCGAGGAAAUUCGCGGCAACUACGAGUCUGCCCUUCGCGCGAAGAGAUCCGUCGAGCAGCAGUACGAGGAGUCGGUUAGCCGUAUCAACGAGCUGACAACGAUCAACGUGAACAUUUCCUCAGCCAGGGCAAAGAUUGAGCAGGAAUUGGCCACCCUCGCUGGAGAUUACGAGGAGGUUACCAAGGAGCUACGCGUCAGCGACGAACGGUUCCAGCGCGUGCAAACCGAACUUAAGCACACCGUUGAAAUCCUUCACGACGAGCAGGAGCGUAUCGUGAAGAUUGAGGCAGUCAAAAAGUCUCUGGAGAUCGAAGUGAAGAACCUGUCCAUUCGGCUUGAGGAGGUUGAAGCCAACGCUAUCGUCGGCGGCAAGCGCAUCAUCAGCAAACUCGAAGCUAGGAUCCGUGAUCUCGAGCUUGAACUUGACGAGGAGAAGCGCAGACACGCGGAGACCGUGAAGAUCCUUCGCAAGAAGGAGCGCAACAUCAAGGAAGUGAUGAUCCAGGUAGAGGAGGACUCGAAGAACAUCGCCCUCCUCCAGGAGGCACUAGACAAGUCGUCGCAAAAAGUCAGCAUCUACAAGAGGCAGCUCCAGGAACAGGAGGGCAUGUCCCAGCAGAGCGUAACGCGGGUGCGCCGCUUCCAGCGUGAACUUGAGGCCGCGGAGGACCGCGCCGACACCGCAGAGAGCAACCUGACCUUGAUCCGUGCCAAACACCGCAGUUUCGUAACCACAUCGACGGUGCCAGGAUCUCAGGUAUACCUCGUGCAAGAGACGAGGCAGGAGGUUUAGGCCACAGCACCAUCCCUCGCAGCUCUUGUGACACCACACCGUCAUCAUCACUAUCACGCACUUCCGAAUCACAACGAACAACUUUGUACCACGAUCAUUGGCAGCUGGGAGUUCAUCAGAUAUACCAGAUAUUGUUAAUGGAUGGGCAAGAGGCUGCUGCGGUCCAAGCCAAAGGAGAACCUUCCAGCUUCAGAAACUGUUUCUAUCCGAGUGUAAACGAAACGAAGAAUAAAACUAUACGUAUAAUGUAACACCAACUUGCGACGUAAUUCUCGUCCCCGAAGAAGCGCGUCAUUUAAAGAUCAUCAAUUACUAAGCUAUAUCAUUAUAAUUAUAAACUAAGUGAAAAAAACAAAAACACAUACGUCUAUUAUACAUACUUGUAUUUAAAUAAUAAUAAUAAUAAUAAUAAUUCUAUUCUA